AUGGAGCCUCGGCCCAGGAAUAUCGUCAUUGUUGGAGGAGGAAUCAUUGGGUCGACAACUGCGUACUAUCUGACCCGACAUCCCUCCUUUGACCCGAUAAUACAUCGCAUCACUAUUCUCGAGGCAACGUCUAUUGCAGCAGGCGCAUCAGGCAAGGCCGGCGGUCUAUUGGGGCUUUGGGCGUAUCCACAAUGUCUCGUGCACCUUUCUUACCGCCUACAUGCAGAGCUGGCAGCUGAGCACGGUGGCGUGGAGCGAUGGGGGUAUCGCAAGGUAGGCUGCGGAACGAUCACGGCGACCGUGAGGGCUCGCGACUUGAAUGGUACGGGUACCAACGCUAUCCCGACGCGGCAAAGUGAACGAAGUGCCAAGCUCAAGGACGGUCAACCGAAAGACUGGGAGAAACUGCCUAAGCAAGAUGAGGCUGCCGCCAAGUUGCUGCAAAAAUCAAAGUUGCCGUCUGAUCUGGACUGGAUAGAAGGUGGUCUCGUCAAAGAGUAUGCGGAGAUGGGAAGGCAUGGCUUUACCGAAACCGCUCAGGUUCAUCCAUUUCAGUUCACCACUGCCAUCGCCGCCCUGGCAGAAAAGCAAGGUGCCCAGAUCAUACUGAACGCAAAGGUCACAUCAGUGAAGCUUGAUGCCACUAGCACAAAAGUUGAAACCGUAGAGUAUCUGGACAGGACGACACAAGAAAUAAAAGCCAUCACGGGCGUGACGGACGUUGUCAUUGCAGCGGGGCCAUGGACCGGCCAGCUCAUGCCCAGCUCAUCAGUCGAAGGAUUGAGGGCGCACAGUGUCGUGUUCAAGGCCGACGUCACCCCCUAUGCUGUGUUCACCAACAUCUCCCUGCCACGGGAUUGGAUUCCCCCACAUCGAGCUGCCAGGGGCGAAAAGAGACAACAUAGAGGCAAUGUCGACCCCGAGGUCUACGCUAGACCUGGAGGCGAGGCAUAUGCCUGCGGCGAGCCAGACCCCGGGGCACCGCUCCCUGAAACGGCGGAUCUUGUCGAGUGUGACGAGGCCCAAUGCGAUGACCUCGUAGCCUAUCUUGGAACCGUAAGUCCUGUCCUUGCUGCAGCGCCCGUGCCGGUGAAGCAAGCUUGCUACCUUCCACGGCACAUGAGGGACGGAGAAGAGCAAAACCCGCUCAUCGGCCAGACGGCUGUGACGGGCCUGUGGAUCGCUUCUGGACACACAUGCUGGGGCAUUCAAAACGGGCCAGCUACUGGAAAGCUGAUGAGCGAGUUCUUGCUCGAUGGGGAAGCGAAGAGUGCAGACAUAAGCGAAUUAGAUCCACUGCAGUACAAGGUCGGUGCAUGA